AUGGCGCCGGGCAAGCGGCGCCGGUCGCGGGCGCGGUCCAUCUCGGCGCCGGCGAAGGAGGCGCAGAAGGACCCCUUCGCGGCGGUGGAGAAGAGCCGGCGCGAGAGCCAGGCGCCGCGGCAGCGGACGCCGGAGCCGGAGCCCGAGCCCGACGACGACGACGACGUCGCCGUCGACGCCGUGAGCGGCGCGACGGGCGUCACCGACGCCGUCAUGCUCAACGUCUGCACCAUGGCCAAGGAGCACCUGAACAGCGACAUCGUCACGAUCUUUUUGUACGCGCCGAAGAAGCGCCAGCUCUGGAGCCGCUGGGGCACGAACCUGCCGUCGGACAUCACGACGGGCAAGACGCGGCCCAUCCGCGUGCCGGCGAACGCGGGCAUCACGGGCCAGGCCUUCAGCUCCCAGGAGAUAUUGAACGUCAAGGACGCGUACGAGACCGCGUACUUCAACCAGAAGGUGGACCAGAUGACGGGCUACGUGACGCGGUCCGUGCUCUGCCUGCCCUUAUUUCGCCCCUACGACGCGUCGCGGCCCGGCGGCGGCGCGGGCGCGCCGCCCAUGGGCGUCGUCCAGUUCAUCAACAAGCUCGCCGCGGACGACGACGACGACGACGACGGCGGCGACGGCGGCGAGAGCGACGACGAACCCGCGGACAAGGACCACGCCCUGCGGCUCGCGGAGAAGCGCGCCGUGCGCGCCGCCGUCGAGGACCUCGAGGUGCGGCGGGACCGCGAGACGACCGAAAAAAUCCGCGUGUGCCCCUUCGCGAAGGAGGACCUCGAGCUCGCGUCCGGCUUCGGGAAGAUCGCGUCGCGCGCCAUCGCGACGGCCAUCGACCACGACGAGGACCGCAAGGCGCGCGAGGAGAUGAAGGAGGCGAACAAGGAGGAGGAGAAGAAGGCGAACUUCCAGUCGCACGUCGAGUCGAUCUUCGACUUCUUCGAGCGGCGCCUCGACUUUGGGGGGACCCAGGUGUCGCCCGGCGGCAUGGAGGCGGCGCACACGGCCUUCAAGCUGAAGCAGCGCGAGGGCGAGCUCAGCGUGAAGAUGAACGCGAUGAUCCGCGGGUAUUUGACGCGGCGCAAGGUCGUCAAGGAGCUCAAGAAGAACGGCAUGAUCGUCCGGUCCAUCACGGGCGCGGCGCGCGAGAAGACGGACACCAUGCGCGCCAAGCUGAAGGACCAGGAGAAGAUCCGGAAGCGCGCGUUCGCGACGCAGCAGCUCCUCCGGAGGCAGAAGGCGCGGGACCAGGCCAGGGCCGCGGAGGCGUCCGACGACGCCCUGCGCGCCGAGGCGGACCGCGCCGUCGACCGCGCCCGCGCGACGGCCGCCGCGGCCGCGGCCGGAGCGCUGCUCGAGCGGCGCGCGACGGAGUUCAAGCUGGAGCGCGACGCGGCCAUCGCCAAAAUCAUGGCCGGCGGCCGCGAGGCCGCCGAGGCCGCGGCCCUCGCCCAGGACGCCGAGGACGCGCGCGAGGCCAUCCGCGAGGCCGUGAACGUCGCCGCCUACGAGAAGGAGGAGAAGUUCGCCAAGAAUUUUUCCGCGAAGAAGGUCCAGGGCAUGGCGCGGCGCCGGUCGUCGCUCAUCAUGGUCGAAAAGCAGCGCGAGGAGGCCGUCGCCGCCGCGGCGCGGGCCACGAGCCGGCGGUCCCUCUUCCGGAGCGCGAUCCGCAAGGUCUGGUGCGCUCUGGCGUUCCGCGACAACGUGAAAAUCCACAAGGACCGCGAACAGGCGGCGGACGUCGCGGCCUUCGCGGCCGCGGAGCUCGAGGAAUUGCAGGGCGCGGAGAGCGUGAGCCCGACGCCGCGGUCGACGCCCAUGGGCGGCCGGCGGUCCAUCGCGGCCGUGCACGAGGUCCGCGUGAAGAAGCACGGGAGGCACGCGCGGCCGCCCGGCCUCCUCUCCGGCGAGAACAUCUACGAGUACGGCUGGCGCCGGUGCCAGGCCCGCGUGCGCAGCGGGCAGGCGCGGCGGCGCGUGCGCCUGCUCUGGGCCGAGUUCUACGCGAGGAUCGGCGCCGCGGACGACGGCUCCGUGGGGUCGACGUCCUUCAAGGACACGUACGCGCGGCUCCAGCGCAGCGACCCGCCGGCGCCGACGCCCUGGGUGCGGGGGUUUACGAAGUUCCAGGCCGUGGCGCGGGGCGCGCUGCUCCGCGUCGUGCGGCGGCGCUACGGCGCGCACGAGACGCCCUUCGGCGUGGAACUGGAGAAGUUCCUCCCGCCGGAGCACGGGCCCCUGGGCGCGACGCCCGCGCGGUCGCCGCGGGGCACGCCGCGCCAGCCGUCGCGCACGCUCGCCGAGCACCGGCGGGCCCUCGCGGAGCAGCGCCGCGCCGCGCAGCCGCCGCCGCGGACCGGCGUGGGCAACAUGGGCACGUUCGCGCCGCCGCGGACGGGCAAGGUCUCCAAGGGCGCCCUCAUCGCCGCGCACCGCGGGGCCUACAACGCGGACGUGAGCCCGAGCCGCUUCGGCGGGCCCCUGGACAUCCUCGACUGCCGCGACGACCAGGGCAGCAAAAGAGAGCGAAAUUCCCAACUUCAAAGGCUCCGAUCUCGGCCGUUUUCCACUCGCGACGACGGCGACGUCGACUUCCGGUCGCACCGCGUCGCGAGCACGGCGCCGCGGGCCGUGUCCGGCGCCUACGGCGGCGGCGGCCGCCAGGGGCGCAUCGAGGCGCAGCUGCUGGCGGAGCUGCGCGACGACCUGGCGGAGAACGACGUGCCGACGCUCGGCCGCGUCGACGAGGCGCUCUACACCGCGACGCCUUUGGCAUCGCGCGCGACGACGCCCUACAGCGCGGCGAAGCUCCUCACGUCCCAGCUGCUGUCGACGACGGACGAGGGCGACGACGAGUCGAACGACGGGCGGCGCGUCUACGUGCAGCACGCGUACCACGUGCCCAUCGACGCGUCCGUGUCCGGCUCCGUGCCUUCGUACUACCCCGCGCGGCCGAGCGGCGACCCCAUCUACGUCCACUCGCCCCACAAGGACCGCUGGCUCAGCGCCCACGCGGGCGUCGUGAAGAAGUCGUUCAAGAACGACAAGCUCUACCGCGAGGCGCGGCGCAACGUGUCCCGCCUCGUGCGCCAGAACCGGCGCCUCGAGCGGCCGCACUCGAAGGUCGGCAGCCAGAAGGUCUCGUACCAGUGCACGGGGUCCUUGCGCAGCGCCUUGCGCGUGCCCAUCUCGACGACGGUCUGCGUCCACACGGCGUCGACGCCCGUGCGGAACGCCGGGAUCCCGGCGGACACGGAGAUGCCCGCGCCCGUGACGAAGAGCACGUUCGAGCCGCCCGCGAUGAGCGACGCGAUCUCGUCGAGGAGCUCGCCCGCGGGCCGCGGCCGCGAGUCCGCGAUUUUCUUGCGCCGCUUGCGCAUGACGCGCGACAUGAUGGCGCUGCGGUCGACCUUCGUCAAGAGCGUGCAGUCGCUCAUCGAGCGGUGCCUGAACCAGUACAUGACCCAGGCGGAGAUCAUCGCCACGCUCCAGGUCCAGGCCGACGUCGAGCCCGCGCUGACGUGCCUCGUCUGGUCCAAGCUCGAGGAGCAGAACCCGGACUUCUUCCUCAGCUACGACAUCCAGCUGCGACUCAAGGACCAGAUCGCGCGGCCCCGCGUCGCGUUCAACUACCUCGUUGAGCAGCAGACGCGGCUCCUGCAGAAGCUCCAGUUUUCCCUGCCGGCCGGCGCCCAGCCGCCGGAGGCGUGGAGCGGCGCGCCCCAGCUCGAGGAGCCGCCGAUGAGCGCGCCACCCCUCGUGCCGCGGCGGCGCGCGCUCGCCUGCGGCGUCGCGUCGCUCGCGGCGCCCGCCGUCGCCGCGGACUCGCCGGACACGACGCGCGUCGGCCGGGGCAUGCGCGCCGUGGGGACGCCCAACGAGUCGCUCGACAUCGACGCGGCGCUGGGCAUCCCCUGGGGCGGCGCGCGUCGCUGCGACGCCGCGGACCGCGACUGCGUCACCGACGGCGGCGACGGCGCGGCGGCGACGGUCGCGCCGCCGCCGGGCCUGGGCGAUCGGACCCUCGCGGGCGUCGCGACGCUGAAGAUCUCCGUCGCCGGCCGCGACGAGGGCGCGCUCCGCGUGGGCCUCUUCGACUCGUCGGGCGCGCGCGUCUUCGCGGACCUCGCCGCCGGCGCCUACAAGCCCGACGGCUCCGACGCGACGCCCGCCGCGUGGGCCCGGGGCGCGUGCUUCUGCAUCGAGGACGGCCUCGUGAAACUGUCGGAGAACGCGGACGCGCAGGAGGUCGCCUACCGGAAGCGCUUCGGCCUGCGGAAGACGCCCGAGGAGUUCCAGCCGGCGAGGGCGCCGAAGAUCGCCGACGACGGCGGCGCCGCGCCGAAGCUGCCGCCGGGCACGCUCUCGACGGGCCGCGGCGGGCCCGGCGCGAGCCUCGAGUUCGGAUUGGCGGUCGCCGAGGUCGACGGGCGGAACCGCGUCCCCGUGGGCGUGCUCCUCGACGACGAGUCCAUGGCCCUGCUCGCCUAUCUGGGGAGCCGGCCCGUCGUGUCGCAGCGCGCGAAGCUCGGCGGCAAGGCCGGCCAGCCCAUCGUCAAGGUCGUCGUCGAGGCGAGCGGCUACGUAACUGUGUAA